AAACAGAUACCGGGAUCGGAAAACCUUGGAACUUGGAAGAAAAAAUCUUGACCAACACUCCGUUUCUUUCGUCCUGGGAUGGAGAUUUGAGAGUUUUGAUGUUGAAUGUUAAAUCUUAGCCUUUCGUUGAUCCACCUACAACUAGCUGUUAUACUACAGCAGCUGCAUUGGAAUAUAAUAGCUAUGGAGGCCAACAGAGGACAGAAUGGUAUUCAGCUCCUGCUAGCUGCGGAACAAGAAGCUCAGCACAUUGUCAAUGCUGCCCGAAAUGCAAAAAUGGCCAGGUUGAAACAGGCAAAGGAAGAGGCUGAUAAGGAGAUCGCUGAAUUCCGUGCUCAUAUGGAAGCUGAGUUUCAGAGGAAGCUUGCAGAGAGCAGUGGUGAUUCUGGUGCUAACGUCAAGCGGUUGGAGCAUGAAACAGAGGAGAAGAUCAAUCUCCUGAAGACGGAGGCAGCAAGAAUAUCCCAAGAUGUUGUACGCAUGCUUCUGAGGCACGUGACAACCGUGAAGAAUUAGGAUCUUGAUCAAGUCUGAUGAAGGAAUUAUGUGGAUCUCUCAUUUCUCUGUAUUUUAUGUCAAACUUUUAAACUACUGCUUGGUGACAGUAAAGUGUUUGAUUCGGAUAUAUUCGUAUUGGUUAUGUUCUACUUAUGAAGCAAUAAUGUGGUUCUGCUGCUUCUUUUUUGUCCCGAUGGAAUUGUUUUUUUCCAGAAUGUGAAAUGGAACUAAGCCUGAUGUGAACUAAAGGAAAGCAGAUUGGGUUAAAUAUGUUA